UGUAUUUUUAUUUCAGUAACUACAGAGACUCACAAAAAUGCUGGCAAUAAUGCAUUUCGUAAAGACGAUUUUGUCACAGCUAUAAACUUGUACACAGAGGGAAUAGAAGUAAAAUGCAACGAUGAGGAUCUGAAUGCAAAAUUGUACAACAACAGGGCUUCAGCCCACUAUCACUUAGGUAAAGUAUCAUUCAUAUCAACUCAAAGCAUCAACAUUGCAUUAAAUUUAUGUGCCGUAAUAGGUUCAAUUUAUGCAUGCAUCUUCCGCCAAUACAUAUUUCGUUGCAUUCGCAAGGAAUCUUAUAAAAUACUCACAAUCUUGCUUUCGUUGGUCACUAAACUUUCGUUAUAUAGCAUAAAGUGUAUUGUAGUAUUGGAUUUGAAAAAACCUCGAGCUUACGCAAGGUUUACAUAUAAAGUAGACGCUGCCCACUCAGUCAAGAUUUAAUCAAAUAUUCGUGCGUAUUAUUCCUUGUAAUAUGCGUGUGAUAAAACUCUUUUUCAGGUAAUUAUCCAGAUUGUCUAAGUGAUGUAAAAACUGCAACAGCACUACAGCCGUCUUUCUCAAGGCGAUUAUCAGAGGUGAAAAUGAAUCUCAGUUGAAAACGCGAUUUUUUCCUAAAACAAUGAUUUUAAGCGAGUCGACUUUUUUUUCACUAGGAGCAAACACCUGUUUAAAGUUGAAGCAGUUUCAAGAAGCCAUCAUCUGGUGUGAUAAAGGACUAACCGUAUCCUUUCUUAGAAUAAUGCACGCAGCCCCUCGCACGACUAUUAUUUUCUUUACUUUUAAUAUGUCACUAUCAGUUCUUUUUUUUACGUUUCAGUAAAUAAGCAGUUUGAAUCGAUGAAGUCGAUUAAAAGAAGUGACCUGCGAGCAGCCAUUGCAUGAUAUGUACAGAAAGGGAGUCAACUAUUUGAAAAUAUAAUUAUAUAGCCACUACUAUUGCCAGCAACUACAUAAGUCCUAGUUUAAGAAAGCACAUUAUUUUCUGCACCUUCACUCUAGUAAGAUUUACAAGGACGACCAGGAACUGUUGGAGAUAAAGAGUUGCUCUAUCAAGGAACACGAAAAUCUUUCAAAACAGGGAGGUGACGAAGAAGCAAAAGAAGAAGACGAUUCAGGAAACAACCCAAAAUCUCUUGAUUGCACAUGUAAGUAAACUGCAAACAAAAAGCGGGCUCGUUAACCAGGGUCUUUACUUGAAGUGGGUCUACACUACAUUUCGUAUGUCAGGCAACAUUUUGCAGUUUUAUUCUCGAUCUGGCCUUAACUAGUUUACUUACUGGCAGAACUCAAGACUCUUUUUGUAUUUUUAUUUCAGUAACUGCAGAGACUCACAAAAAUGCUGGCAAUAAUGCAUUUCGUAAAGACGAUUUUGCCACAGCUAUAAACUUGUACACAGAGGGAAUAGAAGUAAAAUGCAACGAUGAGGGAUGUAAAUGCCAAAUUGUACAACAACAGGGCUUCAGCCCACUAUCAAUUGGGUAAAGUAUCAUUCAUAUUAACUUUAUGUAAUGUUGACAUUGUACUUUAUUCCCUAUCCAACAUUCCAUCGUCUAUUCUGCAUCCCGGCCCUUUUACGUAAAGGCACUUCUGGAAUCUCAAUACAACUGUUUCUGUUGCCAUUACUGAUGUUAUCAGGAUAACUUUCUAGUGGCAGAAAAGUCACCUUUCUCAAAAAACUUCUUUUUCAGAGAAUUACCAUGAUUGUCUGAGUGGUGUAAAAGCUGCCACAGCACUACAGCCGUCUUAUCUCAAGGCGAUUAUCAGAGGUGAAAAUAAAUUUCAGUAGAAAACCUGAUUUUUUUCCCCUCCAUUUAAUCAUUUCAAAUGAGUAAACUUUUUUCACUAGGUGCGAAGACCUGUUUAAAGUUGAAGAAGUUUGAAGAAGCCAUCAUCUGGUGUGAUAAAGGACUAGCCGUACCUUUCUUUACCCUGUUCACAGACCUUCUUUUUUCUCUAUUGAGAUCUUCAUGUGCGCGAACGAAAACAAGAACUGCAAGGGAUUUGUUAAGCCGUAAGGCACUGGAAAAAUACUCAAACAAAAGGAAAGAAAAAAAACGUGUGUGGACAGGUACGGCUUUUCUUAGAAGAGUAAAUACAAAUUCCUGACCGCGCAAAUUAUUACCUCCUUUACUUUUACAAGGUCAAGGUUUUUUUUUUUCACCGUUUAGUAAAUUGAGGUUGAAUCGAUAAAAUCGGUUUAAAUAUUAAGAGGCUUGCUGGUGACGCGUCGUGACGUCUCACACAAAGAGUAGCCAUUUACAAGUACAAAAUGAAUUACCGAACCAUUUUAAAAUACAGCUCCAACUGAUACUGCUGCUACUCGUAUCAUUGUUACCACUCCCGUCAGCCUCAUUUAUGGUGAAAGCAAAUUAUUUUCUAUUCCCUUAACUCUUGUAAGAUUGACAAGGACAACAAGGAUCUGCUGGAGAUAAAGACUUGUUCUGUCAUAGAAGGCGAAAAUAUUUUAACACAGGAGGGCGAUAAAGCAGCAAAAGAGGAGGGCGAUUCACGAACAAACGAAACAUCUCUUGAUUGUAGAAGUAAGUAAACUCCAAACAGAAAGCGUACUUAUAACCAGGGUCUUAACUGCAAGUGGAUCUACAAUUUGUCAGGCAUCGGAUGUUAUGCUUUCUUCUCUUUCCUUGACUCAUUCCGAUACUGGCAGAAUUCGAAACUCUGUUUGUAUUUUUAUUUCAGCGAUAGCAGAAACUCACAAAAAUGCCGGCAAUGAUGCAUUUCUUAAACAUGAUCUUGUCAAGGCUAUAAACUUCUACACAAAGGGAAUUGAAGUAAAAUGCAAGGAUGAGGAUCUGAAUGCCAAAUUGUACAACAACAGGGCUUCAGCCCACUAUCACUUGGGUAAAGUAUCAUUCAUAUUAACUUAACGCAAUGCCCACUUUGUACUUUAUUCCGUACCCAACAUUCCAUCGUCUAUUUUGCAUCCCGGCCCUUUUAAGUAAAGACCCUCCUGGAAUCUCAAAACAACUGUCUCUAUUCACCCUAUUGAUGUUAUCAGGGUGAAAUCUUAUGCAGAUUACCUUUUUAAAGGCUAAGAGAAUACCAUUGAGGGUAGGGAGAUUCGGUAGAGAACUUAACACUGUCUCAGAGAGGAUAAUGCCAGGUCUGAUUUGCGUUUUCAAAAAUACGUGAAAUCUGAGUUCCUGAAAAAUGUAUGGGCUCAUGUCAUUGACACUCAAAUAAAGCGCUUUAUUUCAUUAUUAUAUUUUUUUUAUCCAACAUUCCGUUGUCUUUUCUGCAUACCAGAAUUUUUUGGUACGUAAAGAUACUUCUGUAAUCUGAAUUUUGUAGUCUCUAUUGGUCGUAUAGAUGUAAAAGUAAAUCGCGCUCUCUGAUUGGUCAGUUAGCUACUACCAUUUGCCCUUGGGUGCACGCCAAGAAACUGAGCUAGCGUGGUAAAAUUUAGGCAAAUUCAACAAAUCUCCUCUCCUGACGGUAAAAUACACCGAUGAAAUGCACAGAUGAAAAGUAGAAGUUGAAGAAAAUACUAAGCUGUCGUUUUGAAGGAAAAAAAAAAACAAAAGAUCAAGCGACAAAUUUGCCCUGGAUGAAUUAAUCACUGUUUUCCACACGGCUAGAAUCGGCUGAAGAAAAAUCGAGCGAGCGAAGAUUUAAGGCACAUUUUGUGUUUUUUUUAUAGAAGAGAAAGUCUGUUUGAAAUGUAAAUUUAUCAAUUAGUAUUGUGUUAUUGACUUUUUGGUCAAGUUGAUGCUAAAUUCAAGCAAAUAUUUUAGGAAACACGCUCAAAUUCGAGACAGCUUUGUUGUGAAGUUUUCAUCGCAUCGAUUAAAAAUUUUAGUUGAGUAAACGGGCACAUUACGCUGGAAUAAGCGAAAUUCAUUUGAGUACAGAAACAUUUGGGUUUUCAAAUAAAUUUUUCAAAAAAUAACUUCUGUGUGUAUUAUUUUGUUCCUCAGUGUUUAUUCAUAACAGUCGUUCAGAGAACAGUCGAAAAACAACAGCUUCAGCGCCAGCUGUAUGUCGGCAAAUUUCAGUUGCAACUUUGACUUUUAUAGCUGGAUUUCCCCAGACAGAUUUCGAUACAAAGCUAGUUAAUUUCUUUUAAAAUUAGUGUUACCUGUUAUUCUAAAGGAAUUACAGUCAAAUUUUCUCAUUUCUACUUUACGUUUAUUUCAAAAAUUGUCACAUAAAUAAGCUUGAUAAUUAUUUCAUUUAUUUAGUUUAGUUGGUGUUUAUAGUUGCAGCUAUAGUUUUCCCUCAAAGUUUUUACCCUAAUAUUAAGAGCAAGUAGACAGAUGCCAUUCACAAUAACAACAAAAAACGUUUUGCAAUUUACCUGAAGACGGAGAACGGUUGAUUCAGCGAAAGAAAAACUCAAAGGCAAGUUUUUGAAAAACAUAGAACAUGAUUUGUUUACGCGCGGGCAGAUGGCAGCAUACAUGAACUCGGAUCGAUGACUCAACCGAAGGCAAAUGGAAAAUAAUGUUUUUCUCUUUUGAUUAUGUCAUAAAAGAAAUAGUAAACGUUGCAGCUGUGCAACCAUGGAGUUAUGGAUGCACUUGGGAGGUUUGCUAAGCACUCAAGAAGCUAGAGUCGCACUCCGUUACGCUUCUUUCGUGCUUUGCAACCUCCCACGUGCAUCCAUAACUCGAUGGUUGCACGCUGCACGUUUACCAUUUCUUAACUAGGGUUAAGCCUUAUGUGGAUACGAGAGUGCCAGUGUGGGUCUCAGGUCGGAAACGGCUGAGGUCUUACCUCGUUAGAGCCGUAUCUCCAUGUCAUGUUCCUUAAUACGUUCACUCUUGUUCCUUCCCCUAUCGCCCAUGGACACUUUGCCGCAUUCGUAAGGAAGCGAAUCAUCUGUUUCGUAGCCAUCUUAGUAUCGUGGGUCAAUAUUAUCUUUUUGGUCGUACUAGGUGUGAUUUUAGUAUUAUGUUGAAUUUGAAGCCUGCCCUCUUUUUUCGAAUUUUUAUAAUUUAUAUUUUUUUUAUUUUCCUGCCUUAAGUUGUAUUAAAUUAAACAAAUGAAUAAAAAAAUGCAAUGUAAAAUGCACCAGAAUAGUUUGUCCAAACUAAAGACAUGCCCGCCAUAUAUCAGGCAUGUGCAUCUUUUCUGGCAAGAUGCGCGUACCUCGUGGAUGCAUUAUGGGUUUUUAUUUACGAUGUCAUAACGAUGAGUGAGUUUUUUAAAGUUCUGUAAGGCAAGCACUCUAUUUCGCUUGCGAGAUACAAAAGUGCAUGUUGUACUUCAUCAACCGUACAGUGACCAUUUCGUUCCAGCGAACUAGAAACGGCUUCAAACAGUGCCACAACCCCGGAGCAACAGUGCUGCGCUUUCUUUUGUAGCUUUUCUUAGAUUUUUUUUUAAGCUAAUAUGAUUUAUAUUUUUGUUUUUCUUCCUAUUUUUAAUAUUACCAAUGGUCUAAAACUGUUGGGGGUUUUUCUUUUCUUCAAGGCGAUUAUCAGGAUUCACUGAGUGACGCAAAAGCUGCAGUAUCGUUACAACCUACUUACCUAAAGGCAAUUGUCAGAGGUACGGACAAUCUUGUAUAUUUAAAAAUUACACAGUGGAACCUCUAUGUACGAACGCGGCCGGCUUCUAUUAUUAGCAACCCCCUUUCAAAACACCAAAGUCAAACUCCCGGUGGUGGAAUAAAUCUAUCCUAAACGACCACCUCUUGUAAGCGCCCGCGACCACUUUUUGGGUUGACAGUUUUAUAGUUUUCCACUGUCUUAACCCCUAUAGGCGACCACCUGACUGAUGGUCCAAUGUCUACGCUACCAAGAGCAUGCAAAAAAUUUUUAGUGCAUUACAAGACGGAAAUUGCAUCUAAUAAAUUCUUUACCAAAAAGACGAUGUCUUGGGACCUCUUCUCAAAAGAAGCUCUGCAGUUCCUUUUUCGAAAGCGACCUCUAAAUCUUUGUAUUUUGGGUGGUAGCUCUGGUUAGACUGUAUAUUGAAUGAGGCCGAAAGGCCGAGUAUCAUGUAUAAAGGAAUGUACAUGUUGUAGUUAAUUUUUUAUCUCAGGUAAUUUUUAUUUUUCUUUUGUUUCAACUUCAUUAGCAUAUAUUAGCAUACCCAAAAACAAAAGAAAAACAAAAAUUACCUGAAAUAAAAAAUUAACUACAACAUAUACAUGUAUAGUAUAAGUAUAGUAUACAGUCAAUGAUAAUCAUUUACUAAUAAUAUGCUAAUAAGUCCAACUUCUCGACCUUGUUGCCCAUCUUGACCAUCUUAAGAUUGACAAGUGCAACAAGACGCUCUUAGAAACAAGAAAGUCAUCCGUGAAUAUGGAAUGCAGGCUCCCCAGCAAAAGAGAGGAGAUCAAGCACAAUCCAGAAACCACCGAUGCGACAGAAACGGUUUGUAGUUGGCGUACAUUAGUUUGAAGACAAGCUGCAUGCAGUCAAAAUUAUUUACGAGGGCGGAUCAAAACGUUCUGUCACUUGACCUAUUUAUCUCCCACGCUUCACCGGAAAUUUCCAGAAUUGCAGUCACAUUACAUCGUUGCAUCCUCAUCCUCCACAUCUAAAAGCAUUCUCGGUUCUCUGAAGCAGGUAUGGCCCUCAUCUCUGAAUGCACAGUUUUGGAUCCUUGUACCCAACCCCCUCGUUGUUUUUUUUUCUGCUCACAUAUCUCUUUGCGCUUUUCCCACGAUCUGAACGCCUGGAACAGGCUAGGAUCCUUAAAAAAAGGCUUCCUAGCACGGGCUGAUUUAAUUUUUGGAAAGAGUCAGAAAUCGCACGAGCCAAGUCGGGUGAGUAUAGUGGAUGUUCCAUCAACCGGAUGCCAUUGUCAUCAAGGUACGUCUGUGUGUUAAGAGCUAUGGGAGGAGCUGCAUUGUCGUGAUGCAACUGGAUUCGAGACCGACGUCGAGUCCGUGCCGUUGACUGAUUAUGUAGAAGAACUUUUGGCAACACUGACGUUGUGUAAUAUGUGGCAGUGAUUGUAGCUUUGUCGGGCAUUAUGUCGACAACAACAGGCCCCUGAGUAUUGAAGAAAAUGGUGAACAUUCUCUUUCUUGAACGGAAACCUGUUUUCAGGACCUCCGGGAGUGGGUCAUCUUCGGCCAGCCAAACCAUAUUAGAACGUUUAUCUUUCAUAAUGAAGGAGGAAAUUCAACACUCGUCAGCCGUAACAACAUCACAACAUCAGAAAACUUCUUAGAGCCAUUUGGUUCAAACUCUUGAAACCAUUUGCGGCAGAUUCAUUAUAUUGUCACCAUUUGUUCUUUCUGUUCUGUUUUCAACUGGCGGGGGACCCAUCUUGCGAACCUCUUGGACCGACUAAGCUGCUCAUGGACGAUAGCAUGUAAAUACAGGGUGUUUCAAAAGUUCGUUCCGAUUUUUUAUUCUCUUAAAUUUCACUAAUUAUUAAAAAAAACCUUUUGUAAAACUUAGUAUGUUAUUCAUUAGUCAUUCAACAUUGAAUAACUGAAGUAUAAGUAACCAGAAUGUCUUCCUGUAUGUUUUCUGACAUUUUCUAAGAGGUGAGGUAUAGAAUGUACGAGCUGCCAAAGCGUGUCCAAAGUCACAUUCUUCCAGGCGAAGCGUAGUCACUGUCGUAGCUCGUCCUGUGUUUUGGGGGCUGGAUCUUUGUAUGUUCAAGGCGGUCUCGUCUGCGAUAAUCCAGAUGGUCUCUAGAGGUUUCACAUCACAUGAGUUUGCCGGCCGGUCCUCCUUUGGUAUAAAGUUGGAAAAUCCUUCUGACACCAUGCUUGCAUGAAGUGUGCACCGCCUUUUUCUCUUCAAGGCUUUCCAACUUUUUUUGGUAACUUAUUCCCAUACCGUUGUGCUCGAAACUUUGAUCGAUAAUGUGAAGCUGAAAUUUUUUUUACCUUUCUGUUUUGUGGAAUUAUGACGCAUAUACUUACACAGCUUUUUCGAUAAUAUUCUCACACAGUUUGUGAAAAAACGGCCAUCCACUCCUUGGUUUGUCUUCGAAGGUCUUUAAUUUUGACCACUUGUUCGGUCAUCGUUCAUACUUCUUCAACAAUUUCACAAUUUUGUUUUGACUCAAUGGCCAGAGGACCAUAAAAAUAGAUGCCUGAGCUCUAGCACAAACAGUAUAGGCCUUCAGAGGAGUAGAGAAAGUAAAAGAAAACGAUAAAAAUACCAAAAUAGAAAACCUACAAAAUGGGCUGGAAAAGUAUGGCAGAAAAAACCUCGCGUGCGUGUACAGUUGGGGCAAAAAUGAAUAAAAAUUAUAUGUUCUGCAAAUUUUAGUUUGAAAUUGCUUUGAACGGUUAUUUAGAUAAAUUUCUUUCCUGAAUGAGUUUACAUUUGCCUAAAGAAGCAUUAAAUGCUUUGCGAAAAAUACAAUUUAUAAUCGGAACGAACUUUUGAAACACCCUGUAGAAGGACCAGGCAAAUUCCACACGGCCUUUAUAAGGGCACUAAAUUUGCUUAACAAUUAGCUGUUCUUGAGGUCUAAAGAUUAAUAUAAGAAUGAAGAACCAUUGUUGCUUGGAGAACCUAAUAAGGCUUUUCAUGGUGAAAGAACUUGCUGAUCUGCCCUCGUAUAAUAUGGUAUCUGCAUUAUCUUUUAACGUUUCCUUCUACACGAUCUCUCUCAUUCUUCUUGAAUUGUGGUAAAGAGGCCUAAUCCAACAAACAGAAAAUGUACAUCAAACACUUGAAUCUUACUGGAUUUCCACACACUUUGCUCCAGCAGGCUGUUUUCACUGUCCGAGGUAUAACAACAGAAGUUAGAAAAUAAAUCAAUCAAUUCUACGGGUGUCACUAUAGGGAAGCCUGCUCAAAACAUUUAUGUAACAGAUGUCUUACCAAUGCACAAUGGUAAUGUUAAAAACAUACACUAUUAAGAACGCAUGUAAGCAAAAUUCAGAUAAAAGAAUAAAGUGUCUUUCUAAGCAUUCAGUACACAUUUUAUAGACAUAUUGAAAUAUACCAAUAUAUCUGUGUCACUAAAGAUCUGAUCCAAAAGCAAUUUAUUUUCACAGGUUUGUAACUUAUCAUCGACGGACUUUCCAAUGGAAUACCGCCUCUGCAAAACAAAAGAAGGUGAACUUACAAAAAACCCUUGGGAAGUGAAUCUGCCUGAUGAUUUCAAGGACAACGUUUCAUUCCAUAAGGAACUGCUUAGAUUUGCCAAAUUUAUCAAAGAUAAGGCUAAUGAAGGACGCAUGUAUAGUAGUCUUGGCGAUGUUUUUCGGAAUCGGUGUGAAUACAAGAAAGCCAUAGAAAAUCACGAACUUGCUCUUGGCAUUGCGAGAGAUUUGAAGGACAAGGUCGAGGAAGCAAAUGCUUGCGGAAGUCUUGGUGAUGAUUUCCAAAAAGUGUCCGAUUUUCGUAAAGCUAUCGAGUACCAUAACAUUGCGCUCAGGAUUUUUAUAAACCUGAAAGACAAAGCUGGGGAAGCUAAAGCUUGUCGUGGUCUUGGCCAUGCCUUUCGGGCUCUUUAUUAUCAUAAACAAGCAAUAGAAUACUACGAACGUUGCCUUAGUGUUGCAAAAGAACUGGGUGACAAGGCAUUGGAAGGAGAUGCCUGUAGCGGUCUCGGUUACGCUUUCCAUGAGCAAAGCCAUUACACAAUAGCGGAAAAGUACCACAACCAACAUCUCAACAUUGCCAAGAGUUUAAAAGACAUGUCUGGAGAACGAACAGCAUAUGCAAGCCUGGGGAGCGUUUUUGGUAGCCUUGGCGAUUUUAAAAAAUCCUUAGAUCAUUUUAACUGCGCCAUUAACAUCGCUAAAAAGAUGGGAGACAAGGAAGCGCUCAUGUUUACAUAUGGUGGUCUGGGAAAGGCUUUUGAGCAUCUUGGGAAUUUAAAGAAAGCGGAAGAGUACACUAAUCUGCACCUCGACCUUGCCAAGGAAAUUGGAAACAAAUGUGAGGAAGGUGGUGCGUACUGCAACCUUGGCCAUAUUUUUUUCUGCCUCGGUAUCUUUAAAAAAUCCAUAGAAUGCUACAAUCGUCAACUUAAAAUCGCCAAAGAAAUUGGAGACUUAAUGGCAGAAGGUGCUGCGCUUGGUGGCCUCGGUGUUGUUUUUGACAGCCUCGGAGAAUUCGAAAAAGCCAUUGACUACCACACGCAACAUCUUCGUAUUGCUAAAACCAUUAAAGAUAAAGAUGGGGAAGCAAUUGCAUAUGGCAAUCUUGGCAACGCUUAUCUUAGCCUUGAAGAUUUCAAGAACGCCCUAGAUUACUUUGAACAACGCCUUAGUAUUGCGAAAAACCUGGGAGAUAAGGCAGGGGAAGGACGUGCGUAUGGCCAUCUCGGAAGCACUUAUCAACAACUUGGGGACUACAAGAAAGCCAGGGACUAUUACAAUCGGCGUCUCUGUAUUGCCCAAGAACUUGGAGACAAGGCUGGGGAAGGGGCUGCCUGUGGCUAUAUAGGUUCCAUUUUCCUGAAUCUUGGCCGCUAUACGAUAGCUAUUGGUUGGAACGAAAGACGCCUCAGAAUCGCUGAAGAUCUAGGAGACAAAGACAUGGAAGGUAAAGCAUACAGUGAUCUAGGACGAUGCUUUGAGAUGCUGGAAAGUUUAUCGAAAGCACUCAAAAACUAUCAAAAAAGUGUUGAAGUUUUCAAUCAAAUGAGGGGUCUUCUUCAGUCUGAAGAUAAAUGGAAGAUUGGAUUUCGGAACGAAUAUAACCAUGCUUACACAGGCCUUUGUAGAGUUUUGUUAAAACAAGAAAAGCUUGGUGAAGCUCUGGUUGCUGCCGAAGAAGGUCGGGCCCAGUCACUAGCUGAUCUUAUGACAUCCCGGUAUGGUUUUCAUGAAGGUCAAACCGAGGAAAAGCGCCUACACGACGAGGAAUUCGGCAUGUUAAACAAUACGGCAUCAAGCACGAUUUUUCUAUCUGUGUCAGAAAAUAAGAUAAAUAUAUGGUUAGUUUUGAAAGAGAAACCUGUUCUUCACCGACAGAAGACACUUUGCCAUUAUUUUUCAAAAAAUGCAGCAGCUGAAACAUUACUGUCCCUAAUCCAAUUUGCCUACGAAAAAAAUGAUGUUCGUACAAAUGUUAACUGCGAGAAUCGGUCCUUAGAUGUGUUACGCGAAAACCGCUAUACUGUGGAGCGGUCGUCCAAAAAGUGCUCACAGCAAAUUCUCCAAGAGGAUAACCUUCCACUAGCCACCUUGUACAGCUAUGUUAUUACCCCAAUUUUGGAUCUCAUUGAGGGCGAUGAGCUAAUAAUUGUCCCGGAUGGUCCAUUAUGGCUUGCUCCGUUUGCUGCAUUACUGAAUCCUUCUUCCAAAUACUUGUGUGAAUCCUUCAAAGUCAGAUUAAUUCCUUCGCUAACAAGUUUGAAAAUUAUUGCUCAUUGUCCAAAAUUCCACAACAGUAGUGAAGCUCUAAUUGUCGGAGAUCCAGAUAUGAGUGAAGUUACCAACAGGCAAGGAGAUCAGAUCCUGGAGCAGCUUCCUUUUGCCAGACAAGAAGCACAGAUGAUUGGGCAGAUUCUUAAUACGGCACCUCUAACUGGAAAAUUGGCCACCAAAUGUGAAGUGCUAAAACAGAUUAGUUCGGUUGCCGUAGUACACAUUGCUGCACAUGGACGCAUGGAAACCGGAAAGAUAGCGUUGAGCCCGAAUCCUGCAAGCCGUAAAUCGCAGACCCCUGAAGAAGAAGAUUACAUGUUGACAAUGAAAGAUGUGAUGAGUGUGAAGCUGCGAGCCAAGCUAGUUGUCCUUAGUUGCUGUUACAGUGGUCGGGGAGAGAUCAAAGCUGAAGGCGUGGUCGGUAUUGCUCGUGCCUUUAUUGGUGCUGGUGCUCGUUCUGUUCUGGUGUCGCUGUGGGCCAUCGAUGACGAGGCCACGUUGGAGUUCAUGAAAAGCUUCUACCACAACCUUGUGAAAGGGCGAAGUGCGAGCGAGUCUCUUAACCACGCAAUGAAAUGUCUCAGAGAAUCCGAGACGUUCAGCGAUGUAAAAUACUGGGCGCCUUUUACACUUAUAGGCGAUGACGUCACUCUCGACGAAGAAGAAGAAAUCAGGGUCUCGUAA